GAAUUGGCAAAAAAAAGAAAAACCAGCAAGUGAAAAUUAGGUAAAGUCAAACCGCUGACUGCGCCUCUGUCGACGUCAAGUCGAGGGUACCUGGAGCAAAAACUACGCCCCCAACCAACAAACACUCAUCAUUCCCACCAUGUACCCCUGGAGUUCAUCCUCGUACAGCGGCCAAGCGCCCAAUCCUGCUCAGAAUAGGACCAUGCCAAAUGGUUUGGAUGACCAGGAAAAGCUGCUCGCCGAGGCUGUCGGUACGGCGCGUAAGCAGGCAUUCCAGAUGAACCACUUUCUGGACAAGGAGCGCAUGCUGGACUCGCUCAAGUGCGCCAGCACCAUGCUGACUGAGCUGCGCACAUCCGUGUUGUCCCCAAAGAGUUAUUACGAGCUAUAUAUGGCCGUCACCAAUGAGCUGUGCCAUCUGGAGCUGUAUCUUAGCGAGAAGAAUGACAAAAAGACGGAACUGUAUGAGCUGGUCCAGUACUCGCAGACCAUAGUGCCGCGGCUGUAUUUGCUGAUCACAGUGGGCAUUGUGUACAUAAAGAACGACUCCACACUGAAGCGCAGCAUCCUCAAGGACCUGGUGGAGAUGUGCCGCGGAGUGCAGCACCCCCUGAGGGGGCUGUUCCUUCGCAAUUAUUUGCUGCAGUGCACCCGCAACAUUCUGCCCGAUGUGAUGGUCCCUGAGAACGAGCACGAGGGCAAUGUCUACGAUGCCAUUGACUUUGUGCUGACGAACUUCGCCGAGAUGAACAAAUUGUGGGUGCGCAUGCAACACCAGGGGCACUCAAGCGAGAAGACCAGGCGGGAGAAGGAGCGCGAGGAGCUCAAGAUACUGGUGGGCACCAACCUGGUGCGAUUAUCGCAGCUGGAGUCGGCAACCCUGGAGACGUACCAGCGGCUCAUUCUACCGGGAAUCUUGGAGCAGGUGGUUAGCUGUCGGGAUGCCAUUGCCCAGGAGUAUCUCAUGGAGUGCAUCAUCCAAGUGUUUCCCGAUGAGUUCCAUCUGCAGACACUGGACCCAUUCCUCAAGUCCUGUGCCCAGCUGGAGACGGGUGUGAACGUCAAGAACAUUAUUAUUUCGCUGAUUGAGCGUCUGGCUGCCUACAACCAGCGGAGUGGCAAGACAAGCGGCAAUGGCAUCGAUGCCAUCAUUCCCGCCGAGGUGGAGCUGUUCGAGGUAUUCAGCGUGCAGGUGGCCAACAUUGUGCAGAUGCGCAUGGACAUGCCUCUCGAGGACACCAUUUCGCUGCAGGUUGCUCUGCUCAGUUUGGCCCAGAAAGUGUAUCCGGAUCGCAUCGACUACGUGGACAAGGUGCUGGGCACAACCGCACAAAUACUGCAACGAAUGAACAUGAACAACAUUUCUCACCUUUUGUCAGUGAACCAGGAACUGUCCCGGCUCCUGCGCAUCUGCAUUGACUUCUACAAUAAUGCCCUGACCAUCAUACAGCUGCACAACUUUUGUCCCCUGCUGGAAAAGUUCGACUACACUUCACGCAAGUCGCUGGCCCUGUAUCUGGUAAUGAACAUUCUAGAAAACGAGACGCAGGUGCCGACGGCCGAUCAGGCAGACAGCUUGCUGACCAUUAUUACGCCUCUGAUCAAGGAUGAUGAGGCGAAUAAGGACACUUUGGCGGCAGCUGGCGCCAGCAGCACAGAUGCCGAAGAGUUUGCGGAAGAGCAGGGAGUCGUGGCGCGCUUCAUUCACCUGAUGCGUUCUGACGAGCCGGAUAUGCAAUACAAAAUGCUGCAAACAGCGCGCAAGCAUCUAGGGAAUGGUGGCGGUCAGCGGCUCAAGCAUGUCCUGCCUCCGCUCGUAUUCGCCGCCUACCAGCUGGCCUUCAAGUACAAGGCGAUCGCCGAGCAGGAUGAGAACUGGGACAAAAAGUGCCAGAAGAUCGUGCAGUACUGCCACAGCACCAUCAGCGCCUUGGCCAAGGUGGACCUGGCCGAUCUGGCGCUGCGUCUAUAUCUGCAGGGUGCUCUGGUCAUUGGAGAGAUCCGCUACACGAACCACGAGACUGUGGCCUACGAGUUCAUGACGCAGGCAUUCUCCCUCUACGAAGAUGAAAUAUCCGAUUCGAAGGCUCAGCUAGCUGCCAUAACGCUCAUCAUGUCCACGUUUGAGCAGAUGUCCUGCUUCAGCGAGGAAAACGCCGAACCCCUCCGCACCAAUUGUGCUCUGGCGGCGUCCAAGCUGCUAAAGAAGCCGGAUCAGUGCCGCGGUGUGGUUGCCUGUGCAGCUCUCUUCUGGAGCGGAAAGCAAAACGGCGAGGAGAUGCGGGACGAGAAGCGCACUCUGGACUGCCUGAAAAAGGGCGCUCGGAUUGCUUCACAAUGCCUUGACACGGGAGUACAGGUGCAGCUGUACGUGGAGCUGCUGAAUCAUUAUCUCUUCUACUUCGAGCGCGGCAACUCGCUCAUCACAGUCGCAAUGCUGAAUCAGCUAAUUGCCAAGGUGAAUGAGGAGCUGCCCAACCUGGAGCCCAGCGAGGAAACCAAACAGAUCGAGAGCCACUACAAGAACACGCUGGCGCAUCUGCGCAGUCGCAUGGAGUCUAGCGAUGCCGCCCUAGAGGUAUCCUUUGCCGGCAUCACCCUAAACUAACCCACCCGAUCCGCAAGCAUCCAGGAGCAGGAGCAUAGGCAGAGCGUUCAACCAGCCCUAUUUUUGCACCAGAUACAAAUACUAUCCCCGGAAGCGUACUUGUAUCCAAAUUGAAAGUGUGAGAAAUUAAUUGAAUUAUUCCAUGGUUAGGAAAGUUGUGGGCCUUCGACUUUUGUUUGUGUCAAUUUAAUUUCGAUUGUAAUCGUAAGUGCAAAGUGAAAAGUGAAAACAUUCUUGAUUAUUCUCCUGAUUUAUUCAGUGCGUAAGCAUUAAUAAAUAACCCCCCAGAGAAUUUUACUCUAUUCUAUUUAACCCCCAACAAAAAAAUGUGAAAAUAUUGUUAAACAAAGCAGAAAGAAAGUGAAAUGAUUAUACAAGACACAUACGAUGACCGCACUGGUCCACGAUACGUAUAAAUAUGUAUUACAAAAUAAAGCUAAGAUACAAAUGUU